GAAGUGACGUGCAAGUAGCGGCGCCGAAAGUGACGUAUGGCGGCGCCGCCGGAAGUGGAGUGAAUUUGACUGCACAGCCCGGGACCGGGGCUCCCCUGCAGACUGGGGGUCGGUGCGGAGCCCUCCGGCCGGUAUGAGCUGCAGGAUGUACGCAGGGCUGCAGGAGAUCGGGAUCGCCAACGGGGAGGACCUGAAGGAGACGCUGACCAACUGCACCGAGCCCCUGAAAGCCAUAGAGCAGUUCCAGACAGAGAAUGGGGUCCUGCUCCCCUCCCUGCAGUCAGCGCUGCCGUUCCUGGACCUGCACAGCAUCCCCCGGCUGGAGUUCCACCAGACUGUGUUUGAUGAGCUACGAGAGAAGCUACUGGACAGAGUGUCCGUCAUUGCGGCCGAGGGGAAAGAUGAAGACAGGUACAAGAAGUUGGAAGAGCUGCUAGAAAAGUGUUUUGCGCUGGUUAAGAUGCCGUCCAUCCAGCCGGUUGUCAUGUGUGUGAUGAAGCACCUGCCCAAGGUGCCUGAGAAGAAGCUGAAGCUGGUGAUGGCGGAUAAGGAGCUGUACAAAGCCUGCGCGGUGGAGGUAAAGCGGCAGAUCUGGCAAGAUAACCAGGCCCUGUUCGGCGAUGAGGUCUCGCCCUUGCUGAAGCAGUACAUCCUGGAGAAGGAGAACCUGCUGCUGAACAGUGAUCUCUCUGUGCUGCACAACUUUUUCAGUCUGUCCCCCAAAACCAGGCGCCAGGGGGAGGUGGUGCAUAAACUGACUCAAAUGAUCGGGAAGAACGUCAAGCUGUAUGAUAUGGUCCUGCAGUUCCUGCGCACCCUCUUCCUCAGGACCCGAAACGUUCACUACUGCACCCUGCGCGCAGAACUUCUCAUGUCCUUACAUGACCUGGAUGUCAGCGAGAUCUGCUCCGUGGAUCCCUGCCACAAGUUCACCUGGUGCCUAGACGCCUGUAUCCGGGAGAAGUUUGUAGACGCGAAGAGAGCGCGGGAAUUGCAAGGGUUUCUCGAUGGAGUGAAAAAGGGUCAGGAACAGGUGUUGGGGGACUUGUCUAUGAUCCUGUGCGACCCAUUCGCCAUCAACACGUUAGCUGUAAGCACCAUCCGCAACCUGCAGGAGCUGAUCAGCCAGGAAUCCCUCCCACGGGACAGCCCAGAGCUCCUCCUGCUGCUCAGGAUGCUUUCCCUGGGACAUGGUGCUUGGGACAUGAUAGACAGUCAAGUGUUCAAAGAACCCAAGCUGGACUCCGAGCUGAUCACCAAAUUCCUCCCUCUGCUGAUGUCGCUAGUGGUCGACGACUACACGUUUAAUGUGGAACACAAGUUACCAACAGAGGAGAAGGUUCCCGUCACAUACCCCAGCACCCUACCGGACGUCUUCACCAAGUUUUUGCAUGAGAACAGGAUUGCCUGUGAGGUGGGACUGUAUUACCUGCUGCACAUCACCAAGCAGAGGAACCGGAACUCUCUCCUCCGCCUGCUGCCUGCAAUCAAGGAGACGUACAAUGACACGGCGUUUACAGACAUCUUCCUGCACCUCUUCACCGGUAACCUGACGCUGCUGUCCGAGGAGUUUGGAUCAGAGGAAUUCUGCAGCCACAUCUUCGAGGGCUUCUUCCUUACAGCCUGCACCAAGAAGGAUAACAGCCACCGGUUUGUGCUCCGCCUGCUGCUUCACCUCCACCACAAAGUAGCACCCUCCAAGCUGGAGGCCUUACAGAAGUCCUUGGAGCCUUCCAAAACCAGCGGAGAGGCGGUGAAGGACCUUUAUAACCAGCUGGGUGAGAAGGUGCAGAAGAAAGCCAGCCCGCCUGCCGCAGAGCCGGAGCCCCCAGCCAUGGACUUGACCGUGCAGAACGUCACCACCCCUCCCGUUGUGUGAUUCCCUGCACAGCGCAGUUAGCUGUUGUAGAUAUGACGGAGCGCGUUACUGACAUUCUCCCCCCCCUCGUGUAUUAGAUGACAUUGUCCUGCUAUUUAAACAAGUCUCCCGUGCUUUGAGAAUAAUGGAGGUUUCCCGUGUAGAGUCGGGAAAAGGAAAGCAUUACGCUAUACCGUAGAUCGGCACGUGGCUGGUCAUUAGAGUCACUGGGGCUAUUUACCUUGUGUAAAAACCUUUUUUGUUUCUUUUUACAAUACAGGAAUAAAGUUUUUGUUACAAUUGUACAA